CAUGAGCGGAAGAAGAUUUGACUUAUUUGGAGCACCACAGGAAGAGAGGGCAAAAGGGUGAAAAAAGGAGAGAAGAGAAUGAUAGAAAGAAUUCAAUCCGAUCUAAUGGAAUUUUGACGUCCGCAAGGACAGCAACACAGCAGAAAGGAAGAAAUAAAGAAAAUUCAGAAGAAAAUAAAAAAAUCCACAAGCGGAAGUAAGAAGAAGAAUAGACUCCAAAGAGAAAAGAAGAGAAGAAAACCCUGUUUGUAUAUAUAUAAAAAAUCACAUCUGAAUCAUCAGCAUCAGCUGAGAAAACGAAGAUAGAAAGAAAGGAGACGUGAUUUCUAGGGUUUUCGUUUCUACCCUUCUUCGGUUCCUGGGCUCAAUCAAGGGCUUGAGACUGGAUUUGGUUAAAGAUUGCAUUCUUUUAGCUCGAUUCGUCUUUUCUGUUUUUGCAUUUGAGCUGAGUUUGAAAGAGGACCGAAUUCAAAGAUCGACUUUGGUAUUCUUUUCGCGUUUAUUUUUUUUUCGGUAAUUUGCUAUGGCCCGGUUCUUGAAUGCUGUGUUCGGCAGUGGAGAAGAAGGUACUUGAUAUAUGGAAGGAUUCGUCCAACAUUGCCUGGUGUAGGUUCUGGAAAGUGUCUGUCGGAUCAUUCUUGUGAAGUAGUGGAAUUGUAGGAUGUUCCGGAUUAGUUAUUGUUGCUUGGUUUUAGCUUUCUUGAUUCUUGCUCCUGCGUUUGGGAUCAGAUGGAAGGCUUCUUCAAUCAAAUUGACACUGAAUGGCAGAUGCGAUUUUUUGGGCUUUGGAUAUGGUGCCAUCGGGUCCUCCGACGCCUGUUGGCAGCGCCCAGUCUGGUCCAUCUUCCCUUCUGCGUACGAACUCUGGCAUUUUGGGAGCUCAAGGUGGGUCUUCCAUCACAUCGCAGCCCACAUUUCCGUCGCUCCUCUCUCCACGCGGACAGUACAAUAACAUGAACUUGCUCAGUAACAUAUCCAAUGUUUCGUCCCUCCUCAACCAGUCAUUUGGGGGUGUUGGGUCGAAUUCUGGGCUUUCAGGCUCAGCGGGGAGCCUUCAACGUGGAGGCAUGGAUGUGGGCGGUGCCGAGUCUGAUCCACUUUUGGGUGUAGGCAAUGGUAUGGGUCUUACACCUUCAGCUGCAACAUUUGUGCCGUCAAACACGGGGAACCCAGGUUCAUCUGGUCAACCUCAAGGGCAGCAUUUUUCAAACGCUUCAAGCAAUCAGCUGACGCAGGAUCAGCAGCAGCCUCAGCAGCUUGAUGCGCAAAACUUCCAGCAUGGUCAGCAGUCACUGCAACAGUUUCCAGUUCCUCAUAAUCAGCCGCAGCAGCAACAACCUCAGCAACAGUAUCAAUCACUUCGAGGGGGGUUAAGCAAUUUGGCUACUGUUAAGAUGGAGCCGCAGAUGAGUAAUGAUCAAAAUGGCCCACAGCAGCAGCAACAGCAACAGAUGCAGUCGUCGCGGAAUAUGGGUCAUGUGAAAUUGGAGCCGCAACAACUCCCGUCUUUGAGAAACCUGAGCCAGGUUAAGAUGGAACCCCAACAUUCUGAGCAAUCCUUGUAUCUACAGCAACAACAGCAACAGCAACAGAUGCUGCAGAUGUCAAGGCAGACUUCUCCAGCUGCUGCUGCCCAGAUGACUCUUUUGCAACAACAACAGCGCUUCCUGCAGCUGCAGCAGCAACAUCAGCAACAACAACAAAUGCUGAAAGCUCUUCCUCCGCAACGUUCCCAGUUGCAGGACCUGAGGAUGCCAGUAAGAUCUGCUGUUAAACCAGCUGCUUAUGAACCUGGGACAUGCGCUCGGCGUUUAACAAACUACAUGUAUCACCAGCAGCACAGACCUACUGAUAACAACAUCGAAUUUUGGAGAAAGUUUGUUGCUGAGUAUUUUACACCCUAUGCAAAGAAGAGGUGGUGUGUUUCUCUAUACGGAAGUGGCCGGCAAACUACAGGCGUUUUUCCUCAGGAUGUGUGGCACUGUGAAAUAUGCAAUCGUAAGCCUGGCCGUGGUUUUGAAACAACUGCAGAGGUUUUACCAAGGUUAUGCAAAAUCAAAUAUGAUAGUGGUACGUUGGAAGAACUUCUUUAUGUCGAUAUGCCCCGCGAAUAUCAGAAUGCAUCAGGUCAAAUUGUCUUGGAUUAUGCAAAAGCUAUCCAGGAAAGUGUUUUCGAGCAACUACGUGUAGUACGUGAUGGUCAACUUCGGAUUGUUUUCACCCCCGAUCUAAAGAUUUGCUCUUGGGAGUUUUGUGCUAGGCGUCAUGAGGAGCUUAUCCCUCGAAGAUUGAUAAUACCUCAGGUUAGUCAGCUUGGGGCUGUGGCUCAAAAAUAUCAAGCUGCUACUCAAAAUGCAUCUUCCAACUUAUCAACUCAAGAAUUACAGAGUAAUUGUAAUAUGUUUGUUGCAUCUGCUCGUCAAUUAGCAAAAGCCUUGGAGGUGCCAUUGGUAAAUGAUUUGGGAUAUACGAAGAGAUAUGUCCGUUGCCUUCAGAUAUCGGAGGUGGUUAAUAGCAUGAAAGAUUUGAUUGAUUACAGCCGAGAAACAGGGACUGGACCUAUGGCAAGCCUGAUAAACUUCCCUCGAAGGACUGCUACUUCAUCAGGGCACCAUGGUCAAGGUCAACAACCUGAUGAACAACCUAUGGCACAGAACUCAAACAAUGAUCAGAACUCCGUCCAGGUUACCACUGCAACGCAGCUUGCUGCUAGCAAUAAUGGGGUUGUCAGUGUAAAUAACUCCCUCAAUGCUCCAUCUACCUCAACCUCAGCCAGCACCAUUGUUGGACUUCUCCAUCAAAAUUCAAUGAAUUCCCGGCAGGAAACUUCAAUGGGCAAUGCAAACAGUCUGUACGGCGGUGGGAACAAUGUCCAGAUACCGUCGGCUAGCUCAUCUAGUGCAUUACCACAGACACAAGCCAAUCCGUCUUCCCCAUUUCAAUCACCAACGGCAUCUACGUCGAAUAAUCCCCCACAGACUACUCAUAAUGCCUUACCGUCAGCCACAGCCACCCAGUUGAACUCUGCAAAUUCGCCCGCUAAUAUUCCCAUGCAACAGACGCCGCAGUCGAAUGAAAAUGACCCGAAUGAUUCCCAGAGCUCGGUCCAGCAAAUCAUACAAGAAAUGAUGAUGUCCUCCCAGCUAAACGGAGGGGGUAGCUUGGUCGGCGUCGGUUCUUUAGGGAAUGAGAUGAAAAACAUUAAUGGAUUGACACAGACGGGUAACACAGCUCUAAAUGGUGGUGGGGCCUGCCUAGUUGGCAAUGGGAUGGCCAGCAGUUCGGGGAUAAGUGGUGUAGGAUUCGGCAACAUGGGCGGAAUGGGUCCGUCUUCUACUGCCAGCGGAAUCAGAGGGGUGAUGGCCAACAACUCUGUGACCUUGAAUGGAAGAGUCAGCAUGCCUUCAAUUGCGCAGGACACAAAUAUGAACCCUCAGCAACAAGAUUUAGGGAACCGGCUGUUAAGCGGGCUUGGAACAGUGAACAGCUUCAAUAAUCUCCAGUUCGAUUGGAAGUCGUCUCCUUGAAGGGUUCUGUGGUUCUUCUAUUAACAUAUUUCCCUACACAUUGAGAGAUUGCCCAGGACAAAAUGGAAAAAGAGAGAAGAAACAGAAAACAUGUCGUCGGGCUUGGCAACCAUCCAUGCACUCCAAUUUCUCAGGGAUGUCUUUCCUUGUUCACCUCACUAAUUUUCUGAAAGGGAAGAAAUAGGUACUUCCUUCAGUGGGACUCCAUAUCCUCAUCGACAUCACCAUCUCCAUCCUCUUCAUCUGCCAUAACUAUAACCAACUGUUGUGUACCUGCUAGUUUUAAGGCUGGUUUUUUUUUUUUUUUUUUUUAGAGUCCCCCUUGUAUUAUGGUUUAUCGUAGCUUAUUGUACUAACACACCCUCAUGAAUGGGAAAAAACUGAGAGAGAGAGAGAGAGAGAGAGAGAGAGAGUCUGGUAGUGGGUUUGAUGGUUUCCACUGUAGGUAAAGAUGGGAGAUGAUAUAUAAUAUACAUACGAGCUCGAGGAGCUCUUUUGAAUGGAAUGUAUUUCGUUUUGUUUCUUCCCUUUCCA